UGAGUUGAGUAUAGAGAACUGGAUCAUGCCCAUGGUGUAUGCGGGCCAUGUGUCCUGUGUGGCCUGGCUGCAUCCAUACUGGGCCCAGCAGAUCACAGAGGGGGAGCACAGGAUGGCUGUGGGAAGAGACUCCUCCACCACCACCAUCAGGGUGACCAGCACAGACGACUACUUCCUCAGUGACGGUUUGUAUGUUUCUGAGAAGCUGCUGGAGAACCCCAAAGCUCUGAGGCUGAACGUGGUCAAAGUCAAUCCUGUUAAACGGAGCCAAAGCUCACUGACGGAAGUGCAGAGUGCAGAGGACAUAGACAGAGGUUGUGUUAAGAGAGGCCGAACAGAGUGCAGGGCUGAAGGGUCCAGCUGCUCGGAGCCCCCCCUCACAUGUACUGACCCGCUGCGACCUGCAGAGGGCAGCAGCAGGUCGAGCUCCAAUGAAGACGAUGAGGAAGGAUCCACCAGUUAUGUUGUGAAGAUAAUAUCUUCAUUUCUAAGUGAGACAGAGCCGUAUAUCCUGGACAUUGAUUUGGAUUUCUUCUCAUGUAAGAAUCCCUUCAAGGAGUUAUACACAGAGGUACACAUCCCACCUGAUCUCUCUCACUGCUCUAUAGAGGUACAUCCCACCUGAUCUCUCUCACUGCUCUAUAGAGGUACAUCCCACCUGAUCUCUCUCACUGCUCUAUAGAGGUACAUCCCACCUGAUCUCUCUCACUGCUCUAUACACAGAGGUACAUCCCACCUGAUCUCUCUCACUGCUCUAUACACAGAGGUACAUCCCACCUGAUCUCUCUCACUGCUCUAUACACAGAGGUACAUCCCACCUGAUCUCUCUCACUGCUCUAUAGAGGUACAUCCCACCUGAUCUCUCUCACUGCUCUAUAGAGGUACAUCCCACCUGAUCUCUCUCACUGCUCUAUAGAGGUACAUCCCACCUGAUCUCUCUCACUGCUCUAUAGAGGUACAUCCCACCUGAUCUCUCUCACUGCUCUAU